CUGCAGCUCACGAGCGUUGGACGUUUCAUUGCGAGAAGUGAAGUCCGAAUAAGUGAAUUAACGGGACCAUCUGAAACUCUUCAUUGUGUUUUGGCAUUUGGUGGGCAUAUAAUUUGUACAUAUCCAAAUGCAUGGGCCAUGCAAGGAUUCGCUUUAACGUCUUGUCGAUCCAGCGAGGAAUAGAUCUUCACCACUCGUUUGCCAAAUGAUCGUGGAUCCGCCCGUACCCCAGCUAUUGUCUCUCGUCAGUUUGAACUGCCAAAUGUCCAUCCCUGAAUGGCCGCGCUAUAUUCUCUUCCUAUCUUCUUAGAUCGAAAGCUUGCCACGCCGGCGUCCAUUCAACUUGUAUCGGAAUGGGGAUGCCCAACGGAUUUACAACCCAACUACCCCCUUUAAUACCGCACUGCCUUUUCUGUCUGAUUUUCAUAACUCACCUAGAUCCUCUGUCAAUCCUGUUUGAUCCGGUGCGUUUCGAUUCAACUUAAUCCAUCAGUACUAGCUAGCUCCUCCCACUCCGUCACCCUUCCAAACUGAUCGUCGUCCUUCAGUUCCAUCCAGCUCUUCAUGCCGAGUUGCCCCACCCAAUUUGAUCUACUCGCUGGAGUAGUCUUCAGGUACAUGAGAUUAAAUACCGCCCAAUAAACGAGUAAAAAAUGUGAGUCGUCCUAGCUCGUGAUAUAUAUCGAGGUUCCUGCUUCAACUCCCAGAACUCCCGAGACACAGGAAACCUGAGAUUCAACGUCGACGAGAGCUAGCUAGCUAGCGUGAAUAAGGAAGUGGAAGGUAGUUAAAGGGAUCGAAAGAUGGAAAGGAUCAAGUCAUAUUUCAACUCUAUUGGCCCCAUCUGCAUCCAAGAAGCCAAGACGCAAUCCUUCCGAGGAAACUACCUCUGCUCCACCUCCUACUCCACCGCCUCCCCACCCUUCUCCCUCACCCACCCUCUCGGCUCCCCUCUGCCCUGCGAGGACGACGACGACUCCACCACCCUCCCCUCGUCGUCGUCUUUGAGCUCCGACCGCGAUCGCAAGCUCAGCAACUCCGACGAGCUCUUCGCGCGCCCCGUCACUUCUGAAAGGUUCUUCUACUCGCCCUGCACCAGCAAAUCCAUCGUGGAGGAGUACUCCGACGAGCUCGACAGCGAGGUCGCCUGCUGCGAGAGGAUCGCCGUCUUGUCUGAGGACCCGUACCGUGACUUCCUGGCGUCGAUGGAGGAGGUGGUGGCGGCGCACGAGCUGAGGGAGUGGCGCGGCCUGCAGGAGCUUCUUCGUUGCUACUUGAGGCUCAACGAGAGGAAGAACCACAAGGCGAUUGUGCUGGCGUUUGUCGAUCUGUUGACGCGCUGCGCCUCAUUGGACAAGACUAGCUAAGGGGGGUCUUAUUGUAGCAGUAUUGAACAUUUUGCUGCUUUAUCUUUUCUAAUCGAACCGAUCGACUGAUUAAACUUCA